CAUGUAGCUUUCCGGUCCGCGCAGGUUUCCGCUGGCGUUACCACGCUUCUUCAUUCAUUGCACUACAAUGUCUAUAGUUGUUGCUGGCUGAAUUCACCACAUCCUUGAACAUGUCUCGGCAUGACCGACAGCUUCGUUGCAUUCACACACCACUGCGGUAUCGAGCAGAAGCGCACUGACGUUGGACUCGCGCGAAUGCGACUACGAAUUGCUUGCCUCCAUCGUACGCGGGGCUCUCCUAGCAGUCAUCGAGACCACCGAGAAUCAUCGGUGGUUCAACGAGCCUGAACUCCACAUUGCAUCGCCCUGCUUAUUACAACCCAUCGCAUCGGCGCUGAAGACUCUGUGAUGGCUUCGACGCACUUCGCCUGCAAGGAGUGCAGCAUGCACUUCAGCGGUCCCAUGCCUUACAUGGACCACCUGAAGAGCGCGAGACACCUGAAGAGGGUUGCCGCUCACAGACAGAUGGAGGCGCUGAUCGGAGCUGGAGCCGAGGUUCUCAGCCCGGACGUCAAGUUGGAAAUCACGUCCACUGCCACUGGAUUAUCGUCGCUGCAGGUGGCGCCUUUGCCCUUCGUCUGCAAGCUGUGCGACGUUGCCAUGAACUGCGAAGACGCCCUGAUUGCUCACCAAAAGGGUAAAAAGCACCAGCGGGUGCUACAGCGAGAAGAAGUCCUCCGACAACUUGCCGCUGGCAGGAACCUUUCCCGGGACCUCCCGGCCGAAUCAACGACGGGCCAGGCUUCGACGCUGCCGAUGUCGACCGAGGCCGGGCCACGAGCUCAGCCGACGAAGGAUGAGAACAAGGACGAGGACGUCGACCUGUCCUGCCGCUUCUGCGGAGUCGUCCUCUUCGAGAACCUCGGUUACAAGCUGGAACACCUGGAGACCGACGCGCAUCGCAAGAAGAAGAUGCAAGCCGUCGGAGGACAAGACGUUCGCGACGAGGGCCAGAAGCCGUCCGCGGGCGGAGAUGCGGAAGCGGUUAACGGCGUUGAAUGAUGUCGUUUUGCGGCGGAGCCUGAAAUGACCGUUGCCGCGCCUAGCGUGGCGAUUUUCGUUUCGGUUUCCGAGGGCCGUACUUUGUAAGGAUUCUUUUCCUCUUACGUUCCUUUUUUUGCCCUUCGUCGUUGGCUCCUACGUUCGGCCCCGGCCGCUAUUAAUUGCCGGGAUUGGCAAAUAAGCCCGACGGUUUACACGAGAUGAUUUUAAUGAGAAGAAUCCAUACGAAUUACGGCCCGUGACGUCUCUUUGCGUUUAGUGCGCUCCAGAUGACGAUUUCUCGAAAAAAAGGUUCCGACUUCUGUUAGAACUUCUAUGCGUACCUCACUUUAGUGAUACGAAGAAAGACGCAAUGAAACGAGGGAAAGCACAGGCAAAUGAAUUGUUUAUUUGAAAUUUCUAAUCAGUUUAUGUGUUGUUUUAAAUCGUUAUCAAAUAAUGUUUAUUAAAAGUUAAGAUCUAUUGCUUGAAAAGCUUACUUCCCUUUAUACACAAUGACCCACGGCGCUCAAGUGUACCAGAGCGCUGGAAGAAGAGCAACAUUAUACUAAUCCGUACGAAAGGGAACGUUAAAGAAUUGACCAAUUAUAAGCCCAUUAGCUUGCUUUCAAUAUUGUGUAAAACAUUCAAGGUAAUUUUCAAUACUAUCAAGGCAACACUUCAAUCCACCAAGGAAACAGGCUGGCUUUCAGAAAGGGCUAUUAUACAACGGAUGACGUCGAUGUCAUGAAUAAAGUAAAUCGCAAAUCUGCGGAAUACGAUAAAUCUCUUUAUGUGGCUUUCGUAGAUUAUGAAAGGGCACUUGAUUAAGAAGAAAUGGCAACAGUCAUAGAGGCACUGUGUAAUCAAGGAGUACAGGAGGCGUACGUAAAUAUAUAGAGAAAUAUCUACGAAGAUCCCAUAGCUACCUUGCUUCUCCACAAAAAAAAGUGGAAAAUUACCCAUAAAAAAGGCGGUGAGGCAAGGAAACUCCAACUCUCCAACGCAACCAUUGCCUGCUUAGAAAAAGUAUUCAAGCUAUUAGGCUGGGAAGGACCAACGGUGCUUGUGGUGGUAACAAAUUUAUUGAGAUUCUGCUCAGUUAUCUGCCAGGCCCGAGUCCUAGGAUGGCCCCUCACGAGGAGCGACCCUUUCGGCCCAGACAACGAGGGAUUUUUGUACUUUUUCAUGCUGCGUAACGGCGAAUACCUCAAGAACCUUCGGUUCGCAGCUGACAGUGCCCUGUGCCACAACCCUGGGGAUGAAUUGCGGCGAAUAAUUCAGAACCCUAGCCGAGAAAGUGCAAGAGUAGGUUUGAAAAUUAUUAGGGAGAACACAAAGGUAAUGUUCAAUAACCUGGCAAGGCAGGCACUCUAGUAUGUGCAAUAGAGUGCAUACGGCAUGCACUCUGUUCUGCCUAUAGAAGGCCUAUUACAAGGGCGAAUCAGAAAGUCCUUGCCCCCAUAUUUUUUAUUAGGCAAAAUAAGGUACGUACAGGUAAUUGCAAAUAUACGUACUAUUCUAUGUACCUUACAUUAUUUUUCCACAGAGCCCCCACACCGGUUCAGACAUUUGUCCCAUCGCAGCGCUAGAUUUGGGAUGCCCCUGUCGUCAGUCACCGACAGGGGCAUCGCCGAAGCACGCGGCCUCCCCGAAGGCUCAUUGUCAUGAGUUUUCAUGGCCUUUUGCGAACUCGAAACACCACCACCUCGCACUUCUCAAAGUGGGACAACUUUCCCCCAUACGUGGACUGCAUUUCCCCGUAGAUUUCGACGGGUGUUCGUCCCUUGCUCCUAAAAAACGAGUCACACUUCGUUGCUCGUACGCCGUAGACGUGUAAAGCACAACCGCCAUCUUAACCAACUGACAGCAGCGCCGUGCCGCGGAGCUACCGGCAGAUAAGGCCGGGGCGGUCCAAGAAAGGUCCACCGCUGGGAAUGGACAUGUUUACUUCGCAGUUACAGCCGUAAUUUGGCUAAAUAGGAGAAAGCCUUUCUGUUUCGCCCUCGUGUAUAUGUAUAUAUAUGUAUAUACGUGUGUGUGUGUGUGUGUGUGUAUGUGUGUAUGUAUGUAUGUAUGUAUGUAUGUAUGUAUGUAUAUAUGUAUAUAUAUAUAUAUAUAUAUAUAUAUAUAUAGAGAGAGAGAGAGAGAGAAAGAAAUAGAGCUGCGUAGGCCAUGUAAUGAUUAGAGCAGAUAACCGGCGUUCAUCAAGAGUAACAGAAUUGGUGCCAAGGGAAGGAAAGCGCAGUCGAGGAGUGCAAAAAAUUAGGCGGGGGGAGGAAAUUAGAAAAUUUGCAAACUCGAGUUGGAGUCUAUAGCGCAAGAUAAGGUUGUUGGCGAUCGCUGGGAGAGGCCUUCGUCCUGAUGGCAGUGAGUAUAAACGUAGGCGGCUGCUGCUGCUGCUGUUGAUGAUGAUGAAUUAAAAUGGUAGAAUAGUAAGGGAUAUGGAAAUGAAAGUGGACGAAAUAAUUUGCCGCAGGGCGGGGCCGAACCGGCGCCGGCGCCGCUCUCUGUUAGGGCGGCCGUGUCAUUUACCUCCCCUUUCUUAUUUAUGCGUUUCAGUUGAACACAACAUGCCAGAUGCUUUCUCUGGUUUCAUUGCAUGGUUUCUUUGUUGUAUGGUUGUGACUAACAAAAAAUUAGGCUCCUUGGAUCCUCUUGUUCUCGCCAAUCACAUUAGUCGAAUUAGCUCUUAAAUAUUCCCUUGAAGUAAAUAACCCUUAAAAAAACGUCCUGUUAGGAACCAUUGUGCAGGGGUAAGCUUGGCCUGGGGGAACCACUUUGGUUGAGUAGGAUUACGUGCACUCGCACAACUGGCCUUACGGGUCCGGCAUAGUCAAAAUUUUAUGGCAUACUUUCAAAGACUUUCAAUUAAGGCGUGCAUAACGAAUAUUUAAAGGCAUAGCAAGAAACCCGUUACAAAGUUCUAAUGCACUUCCAGCUGUGUUCGAAUCAAAGUUUGGAGACGAAGAGGAUAAAUUUUAAAUGAUGGCUCCCCUCCUGUUUGGGGGGAAGCGGGGAAGUUGAGAUUGAGAGAACACUUGGCUCCAUCGCUACGAGUCCAUGCAUUAUUUAAAGUGAUGUUUGCCCGUAGGCGAACCCUUCCUGUUUUUGCUAACCGUGGCAGCUACUGCUGCUACUGCCGAAUGGCUCGCACACAGGACAGUACUCGGAAUAACGAAUCGGCUUUAUAUGUAGCCUCAUCUGUGCAGCUACUGCAGAUGUGCUGGUGGCCGGCUCGGUUCUCUACAGAAUUAUACGCCUGGAAACAACAAACAACGCCUAAUUAUUCUCACUGCAACAAAUAUGCGCCUGCAAGCACAUAAUCCCUUUAGCAAAGUGGCGCGGUCUUCUUUCGAGGCGUUUGGCUCGUCUAGGUCGUCGGCUUCUUGCCGAUUAAUACGAGCCGACAAGGGGGGUGAUGUGGGCUUGUUGGUACGCGUUGACUAACGGUGGUUGAGCGCAAGGGAAACACGAGGGCGAGAGUAGGCACGUAGGACGUACGGGUGGACCUGUGUGUGCCUGCUGCUUUUGUCCUCGUGUUUUCCCUGCGCUCGACCACCUUUAGUCAAGGUGGGCCGGCCCUAGAGAUAGUGCUAUAGUGAACUAGUAGCUGCCAAGUGGUUGUGAAAUCAAAGGCAUAAGUACCUAGUGCAUGGUUUUAUUUCGAAUGUGUUGGCCUUGGUUAUGACUUGUCCAUGUGCAAGAAUGCGCCGCGAAACCGUUGUCACGCUGUGUUCGAAUUGUGCAUUAGUUAGGGUACACGACGCUAACGAAAGUGUUGGUUUGUAUGAAGCAGGCAAUAUACUUUCGCUGCACUUCGUCCACCUGCAAGAGUUUCAUUAAAGCUGCACUCUAAUGAAUUCAGCAAUCAAGUGUGCAUCAUACAUAGUGGAACUAGACAAAAGUCAUGGGAUAUAGGUGAAAGGGCGUUGCGCCCCGCACGCAUUGACUGUCGCUGCUAUGUGAUAUAUUUAUGUCUUGCAUUUAAUGUAUGGCGACAUGCCGUCUAAGUGACGUCUGGAAGCUUUUUUUUUCUUUCACCGUGUCUACUCCUUAUACACUACUAAUCUCUAUGGGUUUCUCUACAUUUGCCGUACCUGGGCGGUUCAAAGGAGCAUUGCCGCCGUCGUAAGCUGUUAAACACGGAUGUUUCGUAAGCGCAGGUAGCAUUGCUCGAUAUUUGGUGCGCACAUUCCAGAGAGGACAUUUGUUUGACAGCCUACGAUGACGGCCACUCAUUCACUGAGACUAGGCUCGCCCGUAUCAUAUGCGAGUGGUCUUACUCUGUCUUGGUAUGUUUGUUUUUUUACAAUUUGUAUGCCGAGAACGAAUAAACCGUAAUACGAUAUGCACCUCUUCGGUAGCGACGAAACACUGGCAACCUACUGCA